AAAUAAAUAUUUAAAUACAAAACUCCAUAAACAUAUAUAUAUCAAACAUAAAUUUAUUCGCUAACCAUAAUCAGCAUCCGCAUAAUUUAUGGUGCUUUCAUCACGUAAAAAUUGAUAAAAUCCACAAAAGUGUAUUUACGAUCCACUUUUGGGCGAAACACACACACACACAAUAUUAAAAAGCUUUCGUUUCCAACAUAUUUUCGAAAACUAAAUCAUUGACGCACUCACCACACCAUUGCAUAAUAUCGUUUCGCUUUAUUCGCUCGUUCUCUCGUUACUUACAAUCCACAAAUAGUAUACACACCUGAUUUCGAUUUCAGUGCACAGGUCAACAUUUCGGCACACAACAUCAUUGAUUUCAUUUAUCGCUUUGCUCUAUUCGCUCGUACUCUCUUAUCGUAGCCACAUUUCAUCUCCAUGGUAUACACACCUGGUUCGAUUUCAACUUGAUAUCAGUGCAUCGAUCUUCAUUUCGCCAAUACAUCAUCACCCAGGUCGUCAACGUUGUCAUCAUCGCCAUCAUCGCCAUCAUCGUCGUCGUCGGGGGAGAUUUUUGCUUCAUGAUCAAUUCACUGAUAGAGCUUUUUUGAAUAGCAUUUUUUGUCGUUGAAAUGCAAUAAACAACUUUUGCCUUUUCGUUGGUUUAACCUUCAAUGCUUUGAAAAGAAAUUCUUAGUACAGAAUAAAUUCGCUUGUUAAAAUUGGAUUUUGGAUUAAUCUCAAUUCUCACAGUCUAUAUUUGAAUUCAACUCGCCGUGAGAUUUAAUUUGUUGGGACAGUUGUUUUUGGGAAAUUUUAUUCCUUACAACAGGGUUGCCACCUAGCAUUUUUGAUUUGUUGAAUAAAUUUAAUUGAAUUUUCAAUAAAUUAUAAUCGUUUUUGUUUUUACUGUCGCUGUUUAAAGAAUAAUUGAAAAUUAAAAAUCUACAAUGGCUGAACCAACACUUGAUGAAUUAAAACAACAACGAGCUUCUACUAAAGGAAGUAUAUCUCGGAUAAAGAAUAUCGUGGAAUCCAAUUCUUACGCCCUAACUUCAACUGAACUUGAAUGCCGUCUAGGAAUUUUGGAGUCGUAUUUUAAACAAAUAUUAGCAUAUCAAACCAAAAUAGAAGUUUUAUUACCAACAGAUACUAGUAGAGGUGAAAUAGAAGAUUUGUACAUCACCGCAAAAACUAAAAUUCUUUCGCUUUUUGGUACUGGUAGACGAAGUAGUGUCGCAGACAUGACAUUUUCUACUGUCCCACAUACAAUUAGUCAUCUUCCAAAACAACGUUUACCAAAGUUUAGUGGAAGAUAUUCAGACUAUAAAAAUUUUAUAAAUUCGUACAACAAUUUGGUAGAAAAUGAUUUAAGUUUGACAAAAAUAGAAAACUUUAAUUACUUGCUUUCUUGUUUGAGUGAUGAAGCUCUUGGCACAGUUAAGGCUUUUCAAGUCACGGAAGCCAAUUAUUCCAAGGCAUUUCUUAGUUUGAAAGAGCGCUAUGAUAAUGAUUGCCUAAUUUUCUUAGAAUAUAUCUCACAGCUGAUCGAAUUACCGAAGGUUCAAAAAGCUUCUUCUGUUUCUCUACGGAGCUUGGUAGACAAUAUUUCGGCGUUGACUAGUUCGCUACUUUCUAUAGGAUCGCAUGAGAAUUUUUGUAACGCAAUAAUAAUUCAUAAAUAUUGAUGUCGAAGGUUGACGCAGAUACACAAUCGAAGUGGGAUGAACAACUGGACUAUAAGAAGUUGCCGGAUUGGAAGGAUUGUGCAAGCAUACUCAAUAAACGGUGCCAAUAUUUGGAAGCAAGAGAUAGCAAGCAGAUUCGUUCGGAACAAUGCGUGAAGACAUUCAACAAAAAUUCAUCAACAAAGCCAACAAUAGUAAAUCCUCAUCGCCCACAAACUUCGCUUGCUGCAAACCAACGAUCCUGUAUCUUAUGUCGAGACCUUAACCAUUCAAUUACAAAUUGUAAAAAAUUUCUUGAGCUUUCGGUUAUGGAUAGAUUUUGGAAAACCAAAAAACUAGGCUUGUGUCUGAAUUGUUUAGUUAAGGGUCAUAGUGUAUCUAGAUGUCCGUCGUCUUAUAAGUGCAAGACUUGCGAACAAGCACAUCAUAGCCUUUUGCAUAGGACUCAACCUGCAGACACCAAUUCUGGUAUUGAUACUCCCUCAGAUACAUCUGGUCAAAGCACAUCGGCUGCAACUCAUUCCGCAAUGGAAAAAGAGCAAGUUCCUGAAGCACAAGUUAUCUUAGCAACAGCAUUACUUCUUAUCAAGGACUCAUCGGAAGGCUUUCAACUCGGUAGGGUUCUACUAGAUUCUGGUUCGCAAGUCAAUUUUAUUAAUGAAAAGUUCGCCAAUUCACUUGGUCUAAGGAAACAUCGUAAGAAUGUUGACAUCGUCGGAAUAGGAGUGACUGAAACAAAAAUAAAAUAUCAAACUCAAUCAACAAUCCGUUCACGAUAUAGCAACUUUGAAAUUUCUCUCGAGUUUUUAGUUGCACCUUCCAUCACUGGGUAUCAGCCUGAAGCAUCUCUCAAUGUAAGCAGUUGGAAUCUACCUUCUAAUUUAGAGCUUGCUGAUGAGAAUUUUAAUCAACCGUCACAAAUCGAUUUAUUGUUAGGGGCUGAAGCUUUCUUCGAUUUAUUAGAAUCAGGUCAGAUAAAACUCGGAGAGGGUCUUCCAUCAUUGCAACAAACUGCAUUAGGAUGGAUUGUAUCUGGAAGAUACAAAUCAAAAUACAACACUACAAAGAAAGCAUCGUGCGUAGCCAAUACACUUGAAGUUGGUCUUGAUAAAUAUUUUGAAAAAUUCUUUGAAUUUGAAGAAAUUCAAGGUCUACGGUCAAUAUGGUCUGAAGAGCAGAAUGAAUGCGAAAAGCAUUUCAUAGACACAAUUAAGAUGCUUCCUAGCGGUCGGCUUAUGGUACAACUACCUUUCAAAAAACAUCCUAGCUGUCUUGGAGGCUCUUACGAUAUUGCUUUUAGAAGAUUUUUGUCGCUUGAGCGUAGGUUAUCCAAAAAUGCAUCAAUAAAAAGUCAAUAUUCUGAUUUCUUAAAAGAAUACGAACGUUUAGGUCACAUGUCUCUGGUUCCCAAUCCAAACCUUGAUGAAGAUCAUUAUUAUCUUCUGCAUCAAUAUGUAUUAAGGCCUGAUAGCGUAUCAACAAAGUUACGUGUAGUCUUCGACGCAUCUUGCUGCACAUCAUCACAAAUUUCUUUAAAUGGAAUACUCAUGGUGGGUCCUACUAUACAGGAUGAGCUUUUGAUUAUUUUGCUACGUUUUAGACUUUAUCGAUACGCGCUAACUGCAGACAUCGUUAAGAUGUAUAGGCAAUUCCUUGUGAAUCCAUCGGAUAGGAAACUCCAAUUCAUCUUGUGGAGAGAAAACGAACCUACCCCAAUACAAACUUACCAGCUCAAUACGCUGUCUUCAGUAUUUGGCUGA